GGAAAAAGGAAUGGCUUCAAUUCCGAUGGUAUCAGAUCGCGGAUCCUUGUUGCCAGUGGAGCCAGUAAUGGUAGCAAUGUUGCAAAAAAUUUUUCCAUAUUUGUGUGCUGAAUUAUCUACAAGUGAUUUGAUACCUUUCAUACUUCCGAACAUCUUUCUUAUUGCUGAACAGUCAACAAACGAUGAUUUUACUUCAACAAUUUUGCCUCAUAUUACCGCUGUGUUUGAAAUGGAGAAGCCAUAUCAGGUCGUAUUGAUGUUAUUGCAAAAUAUGGAGUUGCUUUUACGAAAAGCUUCUGAGGAAGACGUUCAAAAAUUUCUGCUGCCAGUUAUUUAUAGAGCCAUUGCAAACGAAGUGCCAAAAAUCCAGGUGCUUUGUAUCGCUGUCAUCCCAACUGUUGGUAAUUUAAUUGAUAGAGAUUCGAUGAAAAAUCAGUUAAUACCAAAGUUAUUGCGUAUAGUAGUGGAUGGUGGAGUAUUAGCGGUACGAGUUCAAGCUUUAUUAUGUUUGGGAAAAUUAUUGCCUUCUCUAGAAUCUUGGAUGGUUACGGAACAAAUUUUGCCCGCUUUACCAAAAAUAAGUAGCAAAGAACCUGGAAUACUUAUGGCUAUAUUAGGUGGUCAUGAUCAUCCUCAACCUUGAUU